AUGACAGGCGGUUCCGCGCUCGUUAUCUGCGCUUAUCAAGCGAGGUUACCCGCCGAACCUGACAAUGAAAUGGAAUUAGUGAUGCCUACUUGUCGAUACAAUCAUUGUAUCGAGUUGGCAGACGUGGAGUGUGGUCUUGUGAUGGCGCGGAAGGGUCGUAUCGUGGGCGGGAUUGACAGUCUACCCGCUGAGUUCCCCUGGGCGGCAAGCAUCUGGAGACAAGGCACUCACCAGUGUGGUGCCACUGUUAUCAGUGACAGGUGGCUGUUAACAGCAGGACACUGUAUUUGCAGUGUGUUCGAUGAAUUCUACAAAUCCAAACAGUUAACAGUCGUUGUUGGGUACACAGAUAUAUCUGUUAGUGAUAAAAACGAAAAGUUAUCAAAAAUAUUACCACAUCCUGAAUACAGAUGUAAAAAGAAGACAAAUGAUGUUGCCCUUCUUAAAACGGUACGUCAGUUGGAAUGGAGUAGUGAUUUAAGACCCGCGUGUCUACCACAACCGAAAUCAUCAGACUUCAUUGGUGAAACAGCUACUGUAGCUGGUUGGGGUUUCACAAAUGAAGAUAGAGGAAUCGGAAUUAGACCAAAUGUUCUACAAAAGACAGAUGUGACUGUAGUUGAAAAUGGGGUAUGUAACAGUUGGUAUGAAUCAAGAGGUAGCAAGGUUAAAGUCAUUGCGACACAAAUGUGCGCUGGUUUUGAACAAGGAGGACGAGACUCUUGUUGGGCUGACAGUGGUGGUCCUUUGAUGGUUAAAGAAGAGAAAGGCCAUUCAAUGGUGAUUGGUGUGGUAUCUACAGGCAGUGGUUGUGCCAGAGCUAAAAUGCCAGGAAUAUAUUCUAGAGUAUCUAAGUUUACUGAAUGGAUAAUAUCAUCUGUUAAUGAAGAUAACACAAGAUCUGGCCUAAGCUGGUAUACAAGAAAGGCUGAAAGAUUUUUUUAACGACAACACUAUUCAUUGAUGCUUUGACAGUUACCAAAAACUACUAUAAAUAAUAUUGCUAUCCAUAUCCAAAUAAUGUAAUAACUGUGAUACUAGAGUUAAGAUUUCAAAUUGUUUAAUUUAUUUGAGUUUAAUGAUUACAUUUAUUUAAAAUGAAA